ACAGGACCUGAGUCUACCAAGGCCAUCCUUGUUUUGACUUGUAACCACAAAUUUGUCUUGUCUAAAUGUCCAAUCACUAUAAAACAAAGUGCCCCUCUCUCCUUUCUAGCAUCCCUAGAAGAGGCGGGAGCCGUAGCCAAACCCAGUGGUUUAGUUUCUGACUCCACCACCGCUUUGUUCCUAUAGAACUGUGAAUUUUUCUUCUGAGGCCAAAGAUCACAAGAUGUUCCUGGAAAUGCUGAACCCCAUGCACUAUAAUGUCACCAACAUGGUCCCAGAAGCUAUGUCCAUCAGUGCCAUGCCGCUCCUGCUGAUCAUGGGCCUCCUCCUCCUGAUUUGGAAUUGUGAGAGCUCAUCUUCAAUACCAGGUCCUGGCUACUGUCUGGGAAUUGGACCCCUCAUCUCCCAUGGCAGAUUCUUGUGGAUGGGGAUUGGAAGUGCCUGCAAUUACUAUAAUAAGAUGUAUGGAGAGUUCAUGAGAGUCUGGAUCAGCGGAGAGGAAACACUCAUUAUCAGCAAGUCCUCAAGUAUGUUCCACGUCAUGAAGCACAAUAACUACAUCUCCAGAUUUGGCAGCAAACGUGGACUGCAGUGCAUUGGAAUGCAUGAGAACGGCAUCAUAUUUAACAAUAAUCCCGACCUUUGGAAAACAAUUCGCCCUUUCUUCAUGAAAGCUCUGACAGGCCCAGGUCUCGUUCGAAUGGUAGAAGUCUGCACAGAGUCCAUCAAGCAGCAUUUGGACAGGCUGGACGAAGUCACCGACAGCUCAGGCUACGUGGAUGUGUUGACCCUCAUGCGGCACAUCAUGCUGGACACCUCUAACAUGCUGUUCCUGGGGAUCCCUCUGGAUGAAAGUGCCAUUGUGAAAAAAAUCCAGGGUUAUUUCAAUGCAUGGCAAGCGCUCCUCAUCAAACCUAACAUCUUCUUUAAGAUUUCUUGGCUCUACAGAAAGUAUGAAAGAUCCGUCAAGGACUUGAAAGAUGAGAUAGCCAUUUUGGUGGAAGAAAAAAGAAACAAGGUCUCCACAGCAGAGAAACUGGAAGACUGUAUGGAUUUUGCAACUGAUUUGAUUUUUGCUGAGAGACGUGGAGACCUGACGAAAGAGAACGUGAACCAGUGUAUACUGGAAAUGCUGAUCGCGGCCCCCGACACCAUGUCUGUCACCCUGUACUUCAUGUUACUCCUUGUGGCAGAGUACCCUGAGGUCGAAACAGCAAUACUGAAGGAAAUCCACACUGUUGUUGGUGACAGAGACAUAAGGAUUGAGGAUAUCCAAAAUUUAAAAGUGGUAGAAAACUUCAUUAAUGAAAGCUUGCGGUACCAGCCCGUUGUGGACUUGGUCAUGCGUCGAGCCCUGGAUGAUGAUGUGAUUGAUGGCUACCCAGUCAAAAAGGGAACGAACAUCAUUCUGAAUAUCGGAAGAAUGCACAGACUCGAGUAUUUCCCCAAGCCCAAUGAAUUUACCUUAGAAAACUUUGAGAAAAAUGUUCCCUACAGGUAUUUUCAGCCAUUUGGCUUUGGGCCCCGCAGCUGCGCCGGGAAGUACAUCGCCAUGGUGAUGAUGAAAGUCGUCCUGGUUACAGUUUUGAAGCGAUUCCAUGUGAAGACAUUGCAAAAAAGAUGUAUUGAAAACAUACCGAAAAAAAAUGAUUUGUCCCUGCACCCAGAUGAGGACAGCCAGCACCUCGUGGAAAUAAUUUUCACCCCGAGGAAUUCAGACAAGUACCUCAAGCAGUAACGACGUGUGGUCAGUAUCUACUCUGGAGCAUUGCUGUGUCAGGAGCGACAUGGAAGCCAUCCAUUUUAGAAGGCGGGUGGUGUCAGCCUCACAAUGAACCUGUGAUGGCUUGAAGCGACUUAGGAUCAUAGUUCUUGUGGCUUGUCAGCAAGAUGGGCGUCCAUCCAGAGAGUCAGUAUGCAAAGGAAAGGAGAGAGACUGACGACUUAAAGGACAGAGCCUACAAACUCUACUUUGGGCAAGACAGGCUGCCCGAUAAACCUGUCUGGUCUCCUGCCAGAGUCCUCAAUGCUGCUCUCGUCAACGCUGCUCUCGUCAACGCUGCUCUCGUCAAUGCUGCUCUCGUCAGCGCAGCUAACGCCUCUGGCAGAAGGACUCCAGUUGUUAGAAAGGCCAGGCAAACCUGCUACUGUGGAUAAAGGGAUAAAGGCGUUCUCGUGUGUAUGUGCAUGUGUGUUAGGAAGCAACAAUCUAGACUCUUCCCACAAGUUAAGCCCAGUUACUUCUGAUGGACCCACAUGUAAGCUGUUUGGGGCAAAAGUUAAACAUGAAGCGUAUCCUUUCACACUCUCAAUUCAUGCUCCCAGACAUGGAGUUUGACCGUAGUAGGCAUAGAUUCGGGUCAAACGGACCCAAUUAAUACUAGCUUAAGUAAAAUAGAGUUAGGACUCUGUAUGUGAUGUAGGGGGAAAAUCACACGGUGCACUUCAAAUAAAUAAGUCUUUGUUUUCUAUUGUUUGCAUUGUUGCUUAGUUCCUUUAGUUCAGUUUGGGGAAAGGAGAGCCCCCUGUGUCGACAUCUAAUGCAGCAUCCCAGUGGGCCCCAACUAUUUGACAUACAUUCUUACCAUCCCCCCCCCACUGCCAUGACCCCAUUCUUUCAAAGAACCAAGGUCAAACCUUUGUUUACAACCUUUGCUGCAAAUCUUUUUUUUUUUUUAAUCCUAUCUCAGAUUUAAUAGUUACCUUAGAAAUUUAGCAAAUAACUGGCCCACUGAAUCACUAUAGCCGUAGAUCAAAUGUACACCAUGGAAUUAGCACUCCAGAAGGAGUCAAAUAAACGAUUAAUUUUCUCUAUAUCACUUUGUGUUCUAAAGUCACUAUAAAUAUAUGUAAUAGUCAGUAUUCGGUAACUUAAAAACUGAAAGUUAAA